GACAUCCGAGCAGACCCGAGUAAACCCGAGCAGUGAUAAAUACUGACCGAGCCACGGAGCCGGCUGCUGCCGUGCUCUCACUCCCUGUCUGUGUCUGUUACUCCCGAGGAACUCCGAGGAGUUCACCUGCAAGUGUCUAAGAUGGAAACCAGACAACAAGAGCUGUACUCUAGUGUUCUGAGCGAAGGAGCAGUGGUGGACUGGGGCAGCAUGGGUCCCGGAGAGGAGUGGGUUAACUCAGCCACACACGAGGGCGAGCAGGGUGGGAAUGAGGGGAAGCUUGACCCCUCUGCUGAGGAGUCGGUUCAGUGGAACUACGGUGAAGACUCGGCUCCUGGGCUCACAAACGGGGAAAACCCGACAGAAUGGGGUCAAACUUCGCCGCCGAGGGAGGAUCGGUGGGGCCCGACAUCAGUGUCCCACUCGGACAACUGGGUCAUGUCCACCAUUUGGGAUAUGCAACUGAACGGCAGAGAGAGAGGACACCUCGCCGCAGGUUUUCUGGACUCUGAACCACUGAAAGAGGACGAUGAAGAUUUGGUGUCAGAGGUCAACUUGAACAGCUCCAUCAUGACAGAGGAGGAGAGAGAAGAGGCUCAGCAAGAACUGGCCAAACUGGAAGAGGAGAUCAAUACCCUGAGGCAGGUUCUGUCGUCCAAAGAGAAGCAGCACGCAGAGCUCAAACAGAAACUGGGCAUCAGUCCUCUGAGCGAGCUCAGGACCAACUUCAGCAGAGGCUGGCAGGACAUGCAGAGCUCCACGGCAUACAGGAAGACGUCAGAGACGCUUUCCACAGCAGGCCAGAAGACCUCAGCUGCCUUCAGCACCUUCGGCACCACCAUCACCAAGAAGCUUGGAGACAUGAGGUCCAACUCUAUAGGCUACUCUAUCAAACAGUCUAUGAGCAUGCCCACCAUGAGAAACUCUCCCAGCUUCAAGUCUUUUGAGGAGAAAGUUGAAAGUACAGUGUCGACUAUUAAGACAAAGGUUGGUGGCACAGGGGCCGGAGGCAGCUUUGAAGAAGUCCUCUCAUCCGCAGCCAACGCCAGCUCUCAGGACACGCCCACCAACAACCUGACCGACAGCUCGGAGAGGCAGUGCUAGAGCUGCAUCCCAAACCAUGAGGCGGGACUAAAAAACCAGGGGCUGUAUCACUGAUAUAUCACAGCACUUUGUCACAUAUCCACUAAAAGCUCUGACUGAACAGAAUCAUUUUAUUUGAAGUGCUUUAAGACGAUUCGGCAAAAAAAAUCUGAUGAUGUCACUGAGCAUCGUGGGUUUGUUCCUCUGUUGGUGUCAAAUCCCAGCUAGAACCUCAGCUACAAAACCUUUAUCCCUGUUUGUGCUUUGGAAAUCCAUCCAAAGUGGAAAGAGUCUCACUGGACUGAUGACAGUGCUGCUUCACUGUACAACUACCAGUUCACUACAAAACUACAGUUUAGGAUAUUAUUAGAAAUAUGUGUUUGAUUUAAAAGCUUAGUACUUUUGAAACAAUAUGUAUGUAACACCGACUGAUGCCGUAUAAUUGAUUUUACACUAAGACAAGAUAUGUGCUCCUGCAGCGAAUCUGCAGAUUUUAAAAGUCUUAAAAAGCAUGGAAUUCAUUUUAUAUUUCUUCUUCAAAAAGGCCUUAGAAGGUGUUAAAAAGUUUUUAGUUUUUCCCGUCCAUUAGUCCAAAACUCAUUUACUGCUGAAUAUGACCAAAAACACCAAAUACAAAAACACUUUGUAGCUAAAACCAGCAAAUGUUUGACAUUUUUCAUUUAAGAUUUGAUCAUAGCACCUAAAGAUCUUUUUAAAAAUGCAUUCAAACAACUUGUUGAAUGUAAGAAACACGUUUGCUGGAGCCCGUUUUAAUGCUGGAUCAUACCAACGAUAUAUACUCAGUUCGUUCACACUACAAGAAAAACUAGUUUAUACAAGAAGCAAUGAGACACUGUAUUUCACUGCACACGCCACACGUGCAGUGAAAUAUGGACACAUGCUACCUUUUUGUUUAUGAAUAAAUGUAAUGAUGGCGUGAAGUUUUGGUUUUUAAUGACUGUAACAAAAAAAGAAUCUGAUAAAUCACCAAAUAAUGAAAUCUGAUGCUGGAUUUUCUGCAAACAUCUUUGCUCUAAGACGGCUGUGACUGAGGAUAUAUAAUAAGAACUAUAAAGAACUUUUUAACUUUGAGUCAGUAUAGAACGGUGUAGCUGUAUUUGAUCUGAAUAUUCAAAAAAGAAAAAUGUUUUUGUCACCUGCUGCUGAUUCACAGGAUAUACAGGAUAUACAUGUAUUGUACAUAUACUGAGUAUCAGACUGUAACACAACCUGUCACUGUAACGUGACCCUGAAACCCAGCACACUCCGUUACUUACACCAGCUCAGAUCUGAGUUUGAGCACAACUAACCCGUUUAAAGCUGAAAGAGAGUGUUUCAUUUCUACCUUCACUAUGAGAAGGUUGACACCACCAAAGAUAAAGUAAAUACGAUCAUGUCUCUUUUUAACAAAUACUGUCUUUCAUGUGUUAAAGUGAUAAAAAGCCCUGGAUCAUUUCAGUCCGUCCAUGAAACUUUAGGUCAAUAUUCAAAGAACUAAAACCCAGUUUAUAUUUUAUAUUUGUACGUUAACCAUGGCUUAAAAUCAAAUUGUACUCGGAUCGUUUCACAAAAGCUUUUACUAAAACUCCCAAAGACAUAAACUGUGACAUUGACAUAUAACAACAUUGUGUUUAACAUAUUCAGUUGUAUUCUUACAUUUAAUUACAGGCUGUUAUACAUAACUGUUUUUAUGUCUGAAAAUAAAAAUCACUUAAACCAAA